AGAUACACCCUUUGGCGAACAAGGUACGCAUAUAAGAACACUGUCUUCUCCCUGUGCCGGAUGCUCGGUGUAUGAUGUUGUCAUAAUUCAUCUUCUUUGCCCAUCAUAUUGUUGUUGCGCGCGUGAAAAUCUGCGUCUUUGUUUGCUUUGUCUGGGCUUUACUAAUAUUCAACAACAGUCCUCGCCUCCCCUGUUAUCUUGGACCCUGCGAUAACAAAACACAACUCGAACAGCCGACACAAUGGUCAAGGAAACCAAGUAUUACGAUACCUUGGGCGUUGCCCCUACUGCUACUGAGCAGGAACUGAAGAAGGCUUACAAGGUCGGAGCCCUCAAGUACCACCCUGACAAGAACGCACACAACCCCGAUGCCGAAGAGAAGUUCAAGGAAAUCUCUCACGCCUACGAAAUUCUCUCCGACUCUCAGAAGCGACAGAUCUACGAUCAGUAUGGUGAGGCCGGCCUCGAGGGAGGUGCCGGCGGUGGUGGAAUGGCCGCUGAGGACCUGUUUGCUCAGUUCUUCGGUGGUGGUGGUUUCGGUGGCAUGGGCGGCAUGUUUGGCGGUGGUGGUAUGAACCGUGGCCCCCCCAAGGCCCGCACCAUCCACCACACCCACAAGGUUACCUUGGAAGAUAUCUACCGAGGUAAGAUCUCGAAGCUUGCUCUCCAACGGUCGAUUAUUUGCCCCAAGUGUGAGGGUCUCGGUGGCAAGGAGGGUGCUGUCAAGCGAUGCACUGGCUGUGACGGCCAUGGCAUGAAGACGAUGAUGCGCCAAAUGGGCCCCAUGAUCCAGCGCUUCCAGACUGUCUGCCCUGACUGCAACGGAGAGGGCGAGAUCAUCAAGGAGAAGGAUCGCUGCAAGCAGUGCAAUGGAAAGAAGACCACCGUCGACCGCAAGGUCCUCCACGUUCACGUCGACAAGGGUGUUCGCAGCGGCACCAAGGUUGAGUUCCGAGGUGAGGGUGACCAAGCGCCUGGCGUCCAGGCUGGCGACGUCGUUUUCGAGAUUGAGCAGAAGCCCCAUGCCCGCUUUACUCGCCGGGAUGACGACCUUCUUUACAACUGCGACAUUGAGCUUGUUACAGCUCUGGCUGGUGGUACCAUCUACAUCGAGCACCUCGACGACCGAUGGCUUGCCAUUGAUAUUCUUCCUGGCGAGGCUAUUUCUCAAGACGCUGUCAAGAUGGUUCGCGGCCAAGGUAUGCCUUCUCCCAGGCAUCACGACUUCGGCAACAUGUACAUCAAGUUCAACGUGAAGUUCCCCGAGAAGAACUGGACCGAAGAUCCCGAAGUUUUCGAGACCCUCCGCAAGGUUCUCCCACCCGCCACGCAAAACGCACCUCCCGGCGACGCCAUGUCCGAACCCGCCAGUCUCGAGGAUCUGGAUAACACAACCCAGAACAGAGUAUUUGGCAACUCCGACGGUAUGAUGGACGAAGAUGACGAGGAUGGCCACCCCGGCGGUGAGCGUGUGCAGUGCGCCUCGCAGUAAGCUAGUCGAAAGAGAGCGGCGCAAUAAACACACACGGCGAGUGCCAUAACCACAUCAAUAGGGCAUUUCGCACAUCCACAGUCUUAGUCAGAGACAGUGCAGCUGAGGGUGGACGUCAGCCCUUGUUGGCGACGUCGCUUAAUCGUUCAAUGAUACCAAAAUUAGCAGAGGAUACGGUCUUCUAGGGAUUGUGAGCGAGCGUGGUGCUGGGGAUAAGGUGCAGUUGAGUGGGCACCUGAGUUGAACCUCGAACGAUCGUGUUUGAGGGGUUAGUGAAGGUGGAGGAGCAUUCGAUCAGGCUUGGUUGGCGUUUUGAGGACAUAGACGAUUCAAAUGAAUUUGGUAGUAGCAGACGUAGACCAUGAACAUGAUGAUUUGUUUGUUAUUCUAA